AUGCCUUUGCUCAGAAUUGUGAUCACAGCUUCGUUGAUCGUUGCGGCGAUUGUUGCUGCAUCAAUAUCCAUUGCCGAUGAUCAGACAUUCGUUACUGCUCGCAACAGAUCCUCUGCAUCUCCUCGCAGGGUGAAGGGCCCUUCCGUCACGCCAAGACUUGUCAAACUUCAAGACUAUGAUGGGAUCUGGACUCAACAUGAAGGCCAGAACGAUGAGGACAGGGCGUUUUCAUGGUCGGCUGUAUUUGAAGCAGUCCUCAAGUGGAUUAGGAGCUUCUGGGAUGGAACCAAGACGAAAACACUCAUCAUUAAUGUUGGCAGGCGCAUGGAAAAGGAGGAGGUCAUCGAGGGUCAGGACAUUAUCGACAUGGAAACGUUUGUCGAGCUGCUGCGUGACGAGUUCCGAAUCCCGAACCGCCAUUGGAAGUAUGAUGACGUCGUCAAAUGCUUGACCGAAGGAAGCGUGUUGGACAACUAUAACAUCCCUCGCGUAUCGCAUGAAGACCUAAUGGAGGCUUUUCAUCUGCUCCGCGAACAACCUAGAAUGCAGGUUCACGCCGACCGCAUGCAGAGCAUUUUAGCGAACUGGUAUCCAAGUCUGCUCUGGACAAAACUGCGCACUUUGUGGCUUUCGUCCAAGGUGACCCCAGAGGAACUUUAUCGGAUUUUGCCGACUGGCAAGCGCGUGAACUUUCGGUCCAUUCGCGAACAGUACGGCUUGAAUGCUGCAGCGGAUUCAUAUAAACAUAUGCUGGCUCCGAUGUUCAUGUACAUCGACCUUUACCGCGCGAAAUACGGCUACAGCAAGGAAGCGGAGAAGAAGUUGAUGAAGUUCUAUAUCGAGCAGGCUGAAUAUCUUCGUCCCACGUUCAAAGAAGGAAAGAUCUGGAGCGACCGAGACACGGAACUAGCGAAUGAUGGAGCGUAG